AUGCCGCUGCCGAAGCGCUGUGUGGAGCCGGUGCACGUGUCCCGCGGCACCGUCCCCGAACGCCUGGCCGUACCCUCGGAACUAGAGGCCGUCACCAAUGGAACCCUCGCCAACACAGUCAGGCAACUGUCAUCCCUCUCUAAGCAUGCAGAGGAUAUGUUCGGUGAGCUGACCCGCGAGGCUACCGGCCUGGCUGAGCGGACGAACGUGCUGCAGGCGAGGAUAGACCGCCUUGCCAUUAAGGUCACGCAACUGGACUCAGGAGUUGAAGAAGUGACACUCCAAGACAUACAAAUGCGGAAGGCGUUCCGUUCAGCCAGGAGUUUCCAACAGCAGUUAUUCUCUCGUACUAGUAUGCCGUCAGCAAUGCUGGCGACGUACGCGCGUUGUGAUCGACCUCCACCUCUUGAGAAACUCAACGAGUUCAGAGACGAUGGCAGGGAUGCUAGAAAGUUCUACACUGAUCCGGACUACUUCUUCGAGUUAUGGCGCAGGGAGAUGCUGCAGGAUACAGAGAGGAUCCAACAUGAUAGAGGGAAGAAGGUCCGUCAGCCACGUAACAACAACACGGAAGGCAGGUCAGCCCGUCGCGUCCGUGUGCCACAUUCAACGAGGGACAGACAGAAGGCUGAUGCUGUGACACGAGGAGAACACAUCAUGGCUCCCAGCCAGCUGCGGAGAUACAACAUAGACUACCGGGAGAAUAAACAAGAACAGGUGUACCAGACAACCACAGUAACCGAUGGUGGCUACCGAGCUACACAGAACAGGCCGCCUAUAACACAACCAGCUCGACCAAACUCCAUUGAAAUAGAAAACCAGCAGAAUAGAACAUCGAGGCUCACCGGCAAUGGACAUGUAAUGUCUGAUGAGAGUCCAUACGGUGCCGUCGAGAGUAUUUACGGCAGCGCAGCCGGUACCCCUCGCCGCGCCCGCCCGUCGAUACCUCCCCCCGCGCCCCCCGCGGCCGUCGGGGAUUCCCCCUCUCAACACACGCCCACCAGAGCUCAGUCCAACGGUUUCGGCUGUACCGAUUACGAGACGGUUGUGAGGUCGUCCCUGCCGCCCCCUCCCCCGCCGCCGGACUCCCCGCACGGAGUCAACGGAGCCUCCCCGCCUCACCGCACCGCGCUGGACAAACAUCUGGACCAGAUGCAUGCUGUUAUCGGUAUGAUGUCAUCGGAGGAGUUGCCGCCGCGGGCGCCUACGCCCCCCAUGGCGCCGCCGGCUCCCUUAGCGCCCCCCGCGCCCCCGCCGCCUGAAGAGGACCGUCCUCGGCCUCCGUCGCCGGCCUCGCUGCUCCGGGGAGCCUCCGCCCUCAAGCCUCCCAGGCCAUCAGCGGACCCCGCGCCCGACCCACGGUCCGACCUCCUCAAAGCUAUACGUGAAGGAAUCAAGUUACGCAAAGUGGAAAAACGUUGUGAAGACAACACAGGCAAAUAUAACACACUGAGGGGCGCGCCGCCGUUGUUAGACGUGGCGUCCAUUCUGGCUCGUCGAGUGGCCGUCGAGCAGAGCGACACCGACUCCGACAACGAGUCGGACUCCGACGACUCCGACCAGUGGCCGGAGCCGCGGGCCAGAGAUAUAGAAGCCCAGAAGUCUAACUUGAAAACCGACUCCCCACCCAAGAACAGUCCACCGAAGGCGACCGUCCCUCCCAGGAGGAGCAGCCUCGUCAAGGAUUCACCGAACCCUUCACCACCCAAUCAGAAGGAAGCGGUCCCUGAGACACAAAAGAUUUCAUCCCCACCUACUAAGAAUAUAAUCUCAUCUGUAAAUAAUAAAGAAAUGCAUCUGCCUUCAUUCAAGAGUAAUGUAUUGCAGAGGAAUGCAUCAUUACAACCAGUUGUCGCGGAGACGAGUCCGCCCGCGGUCACCUCCCCGCCUAUCACCUCACCACCGAUCAGUUCACCAGUAGUUCUGUCUCCUCCAGUCAGUAAAUCAAUUACUUCUUCUCCUAUCAAAUCUGUAUUAUCGCCACCUACGAAACGAGACAAUUUUCUAUUAAAUAAGAACGAUAUUAUGUCACCCCCAUCGUCCGCAGUGACAUCGCCCCCUGCGAAUAUUUUCAAAUUCAAUAAAACCGAUAUCAAACCUGAGGAAAGUUCAGCCGCAUCGAAAAUAAAGAAGGAUUCGAUAUUAAUCAAGGAAGCUCCUAUUAAAAUUGAUAAACUGUCGUUGAUUAAUAUGAGCAGCUACGAAACCGAGAAAACGGUUGACAGCGAUCAGAACAACUCGUCUAAAACGUCCGAUGUCACUAACGGCAAAAAAGCUGCGGAAUCGAAUGGAGUCGGUGACAAAAUAAGAAAAUUCGAGAAGGCCGCUGAAGAUGCGAGUCUUAGCGCGGGGAAACUGUCCCGGCCAGGGUCUGUUAGAGGAAGGUCACGAUCAGAGAGACUUGGGUCUGACAGUAAAGAAGACUUGCCACCUCCAGCCACGCCCUUCAAGGACCACGUGUUCUUCGACCUCGGUAGUGCAGAUAAAACGGAUAAGAGUAACACCGAGCCGGAAGUCGCGAAAGUUCAAAACACCGAACCGGAACGAACCUUCGAGAGGCAGCUGAGUCUGCCGAGAGGAUCCGUGAAUUCGGUUGCAGCUAAAUGGCAACACAACGAAAGCUCGUCUAUCGAUGAAAAAAUACAAAAACCCGAGCCGCAGAGAAUUAUAAAGCCGGAAUUCAAACCGAUGCCGUCGCAUGUCGACGUCACGAUUCGAUCUCCAAGUCUUGGCACUAAGCUUCCAGAUCAAUUCCCCUCUCAAGGAACAGCCUUCCGCAACGUCGCUUCCCCCGACCCUCGCCCAGUCAAAGUCAACGACGACGUGAACAAUCAGAACAAUUUCAAGACUUGCAUAUUGAAGAAGAAUAAGGAAAAAUAUUCCGUUAGCAAGGGUUCCAGUUAUUUCACUCGAGGUUCGGAGGAGAUAUGGCUGGUGAAGAAGAAGGAUAUUGAAGAAAUUGAGGAAAGGGUGCUCGAUUCCUUUCGACGAGCGGGGGGUAAUCUGUGCAUGCGCAGUGAAUCCGUGCGCCCUUCGUCAGAUAGUGGUCAAAAUUCCUUCAGUCACGCGACCAUGGGUCGUAAUAAGAGGCAAAUGUAUACCAGAAGCGAAUCAUUGGACCCUCAAUGGGCUGGAGCUAGGGCGCAAACAUUAAAGCGCCAGUCAUCAGUAGCUUGUACAUGCGGACACGAUAAGAAAACUAGAGCGAAGAGUGCGGGUCCGGAAUCGAAUCCGCGACCUCGUUCUCGAUCUCAUGGCGACGAAAACAACCAAGGUCACGUGUUAGACAAGUAUGAAACACUAGUGUAG